CUGACAUGUUAGAAACAAAUGACACUUCCCAAACUUCUCUUCUUUGGAUUUGAUCUGAUCCUGGUGAGCUUGGCCAUCUUAGUGUUCUUCUACCUAAACAUUAAUCACCUGCGAUCAUGGCAUGCAUUUGACUGCUUUUUUCAGUCUCGCUCAAAGGUUAAAUCUACCUGUAAACUCUGUGUUUCUAUCUAUACGUAGUCAAAGGCCUAAGAGAUGUUAGUAUAAUACAUAACAAGCCGAAAUAGGACAACAGAUAUAAAGCCCUUACCCAAUAGCAGAGGAACCUUACAAAGUAGGCUGUUCUUAUCGCAAUCUCCACCCAUCCUUUCUUUGCUUCUCCUGCUUCUUCCUACUUCUUGUUAUCGUCACCAGCAUCACCACAACAUAUAUCGUGAGAUCUUUUGUUGUCCACUGGAAUUUGUAUGCGAGAGAGCGAAGGAAGAGAAAAGGAGGGUUAAGGGACCUUUAAGGUGGAUCGACGGCAUGGGAAAAGGCCCCUUCCUCCUGAUGAGCCGGAGGAGAAGGAAGGACAUCAGCACGUGUGGUCGCAGUACACCUCAGUGCGCUCCGACCAGGAUGCGUCGGCCAUGGUCUCUGCUCUCUCUCGCGUGAUCAGCUCGAGCUCGUCGGUCAUCGACGCCUCAGCCGGGGAGCCGACGGUGAACCAACAAGGGAUUAAACUGGAGGGCGCUGAUCCUGGGGAGAAACAAGCCAUCCAGAUCUCAGAAGAGCAAGGGACUGUGAGAAGACACUACAGGGGGGUGAGGCAAAGGCCAUGGGGCAAAUGGGCAGCAGAAAUAAGGGAUCCCAAGAAGGCUGCACGUGUGUGGCUGGGGACCUUCGACACCGCCGAGGACGCGGCCGUCGCUUACGAUGAGGCAGCAUUGAGGUUCAAAGGCAGCAAGGCCAAGCUCAACUUCCCCCAGCGAGUCCAAGGCCGGGCGGAGCUCAGCUUCCUCGCCAGCCCGGGGAUCCCCAGAAGGCAACCACAGCCACCGACGCGGCCGCCGGCGUCUUCAUAUCCAGACUUGUUUCGAUACGCUCAGCUCCUCCAGAGUGGAGACGACAACCUGCAGAGCGUAGCCUCGGGCCUCUACGUCGGAAGCGCCUUCACGUCGGCGCCCUCUCAGGCCCCGCCAUCUUCUACGUCGGGAUCUCUACCGCAGUUCUUGGGCUUCUCGUCUCACUCGCCGUACAGUUCUUCUUCUUCUUCUUCUGGUUCAUGGGUUUAUGGAGAUCACAAGGAUAAAGACAGCAGUCGACCUCCCUGACAAUGACCAAUCUUGUGUUUGAGGGAUGGGACUUACUUGGAAAUGCUGGUCUGUUUCAUAGAAAGAUAAUACCUGUAUUCAUUGCUGAUCCUUCUCUGAUAACAUAUGGUGUGAUACAAGUGGGAAUGAAAGGGAGUUCGACCACAGUGUUUAUGUUGGUUUGAUUGGAUCC